AUGACAGAGAAUAGAGUUAUUCAAGAUUUAAGAGGAACACCAAUUUAUUGUAGAAGUAUUUCACCAGAUCAAAUUAAUAUAGUUCAAAAGUAUAUAGAUGCACAUACAAUUGGUGGACAUAAUAUUAAAAAGGUUAAAUUAAGUGGAAAGCUAACUAUAUCAGGAAGUAGUUCAAUUUAUUUAGUAAUGGCAAAUUUAAUUAAACAAGAGAAUCCAAAUGUAAAUAUAAUUAUAAGUGAUGAACUUUAUUGUGAUACACCAAAGAUUAUAAAAUCCUUUGGUGCCAAUACAAUUGAAGUAGAUGUAACCAAACCAAACUCGAUCAUACAACAAUUUCAAGUGAUUAAAAAUGGUGGAUUUGGUAAUAAGGAUGCAACCAAUAUACUCUUUGUUGAAAGUUCUUCAAAUCCAAAUGGGAAUAUAUUCCCAUUUGAAAUUUUACCAAAACUAAGACAACUAUCAAAGAAACUUUAUGUAGUGGUUGAUAAUACUUGGUUAACUCAUAUAAUAUUAAAUCCAUUCAAAUAUGAUGUUGAUAUUGUUGUAAACUCUUGUUCAAAAUAUUAUAGUGCAGGUCAAUGUAUUUCGGGUAUGAUCAUUUCAAAGCAUACUCAAUUUAUGAACAAUUUAGAAUCAUUUUCAAAAAUUAUGGGUUAUCAUGUUAGUGUAGAUUAUUGUAAAAUUUUAAUUGAAAAUUUUGAUUCACUAUCUGAUCGUUUAUUAAAAUCAGCUAAAAACACUCAAGAAUUAACAAAAGUUUUAAAAUCUUAUGGUUUAUUCAUCAGAAAUAGUUCAAAUCCUGAUGAUCCUUCAAAUCAAUUGGCUUUAAAAUAUUAUAAUUCUAUCGACAAUAAUGAAAUAAUUCAUCCAAGUGUAAUCAAUGUAAUUUUAAAUAAACCAAUUGGACUUGUAAAACAAUUACUCUUUGAUAAUAAUAUAAUAACUCAAACUUCUUUUGGUUCGAACCAUACAAAAGUUUGUAAUUUCAUUCAUUCAAUUACUCCAACUUCGACUCAAAUUAGAAUUUCUGUUGGUUAUGAUCCAAUUAAUUUUGAAAUGUUUUCAUUUUUAAAAGAAAAUUAA